ACUGAAUCAAGUAAACUUUGCGGAGUAUGAAAAUUGACCUUCCGAAUAUUUAAUUGAUAAACCAUUUUUUUAACUGAUAUAAAUAAUAAAAAUUUUGGUUGCUGUGACAACUAAUAACCUCAAAAUUCGACAGAACACGAAUAAUGUCUUUUCAGAAUGCAAAACACAACAUCUAUAGUACUUCCAGAAAAAUUUGUAGAGAAGUUGGAGAUGAAAUGGGUGUAGAAUAUGAGGCAAACGCCUUGGAUCUCAUUGCAGAACUUGCCGUGAAAAAACUGUCUUUAUAUGCUACUGAUCUAGAAGCUUUUCAAAAACAUGCAAAAAGAUCCACAGUAAAUGCAGAUGAUGUCAAAUUACUCGUCAGAAGGAAUGAUUCCCUUAAAGAAUUAGUGGAUAACAAACACAACGAUCUUCAGGGGAAUAAACCACCAGAAGCAAAUGUAGGUGUCAAAAGAAAAAGGAAGACAAACACUUGAAUGAUAUCAAAAAUAAAUAAUGAAUUAUUCGAAAUAUUUUCAUUUCUUCUAUGAAAGAUUUCAAGUAUUUUUGAUGAUAUUCAUCAUAACCUUCGAAAACAAAUUGGAUUCGUAAUGUAACAUUUUCUUUACUGAUUAAAACGUCCAACCGA